AUGGUCACUUCGGAAACAGUCUCGGAGUACGCAGAUAUUACGGUGAUCAAGUACCUCAAUGUCGCCGCCACUUGCUGCCUCGUUUAUGAUAUGCUCAUUCAUCUCGGCGACGAGAUCGAGUACAUCUGGAAAGCAUCGCAUUCAUGGAUGAAGUGGAUAUAUGCCUUCAUCAGGCACUUCCCAUACAUCGUUCCCAUAACAAUCAAUGUUUUUCUCCCUGGAUCAAGCAGCGGCAGUCGGCUGCACUCGAACCAAUGUCGAGGGUUCAUCACAUACCAAUUCAUCGCGAAUGAAGCGCUGACUGUAGCUGUCGAGGCUAUUCUGAUCGCACGAGUCUGCGCCAUGUUUAAUCGCAAUAAGCCAGUCGUCGGCCUCGUCAUUGCGCUUUUCGCUAUGGAAGUCGCUGCCAUGAUCACCGUCCUCGCGUUCAGCAUACCCAGAAUCCAGUUCAGCCCGACAUGCCUGAUCACACACACUCCGAGUAUCUUCACGUCCUACUGGCUGUGGUCUCUCGCGUUCGAGACCUUCCUCUUUGCUUUGACCUUGAUUAGGUUUUUCUCUGAUAUACGCCGAGGCCUGUCGGGAACCUCCGUGUUGUACAUCCUAGUUCGAGACGGGAUGUGGGCGUACGCUGUCAUCUUCGCUAUCAUGCUGCUGAACACGCUGUGCUACCAUCUCAUAGAUGGUUCCCUUGCGGGGCUUUGCUUUUGCUGGGAGUUUGCUAUAAUGUCCAUCGCGGGAUCCCACGUCUUGCUCAACUUGCGACGGUUCAGUCAUCGUUCGCAUGAAUCUGACGGGACGACGUUGAGGAUGGAGCUGCUCGGCAGUAUUGAAUUCGCCGGCCGCUCCAUGCCUGCUGAAGCUGAUGAUUGGAUGUCAGACACAGUGAUCACUAGCACUGCCGGGCAUGAUAUGACGUGA